CCGUGGCCGCCACCUGUCACACACAUCUAGUGCACUGCUGUACAACUGCGUGCAGGCCUGCUAACAGUUCUCGACUAGCAGUUAUCGCCAACAGGUGUUUCAUUAUUUUCUCCGUCGCCGGACGUCUUGAUCGCGUCAACCAGUCUCACCGCAGCUCGUGCCCACCGCGACACAAUCGACACGGGACGUUUGGAAGUAUUUUUUCUCAAGGUAAUUGUCCACAACCAGCGCCGAAAAUCCUGUCAGUAACCGAACUACCCCGUGACACACGAUCGGCGCACGCCACCACUCACAUCGAUCAGCGUCUUUCGCAUUUAGACAUGUUGUCCCACGACGCCAACAACGAACAGGAGCCGCAGCAAGUGGCCGAGCCCACCGUCCGGCUGUGCGUGUUGCGCACUUGGCCUGAACACUUUGACGGGUACGGGUUCAACCUGCACGCCGAAAAGUCCAAAACGUCCGCGUCGUCGCCCAACGGUGGUCUGCCGUUCUCCGGCGGACAGUUCGUUGGCAAGGUGGACCGRGGCAGCCCGGCCGAGAGCGCUGGUCUCCGCGAGGGCGACAGGAUCGUGCAGGUGGACGGGGUGGACAUCGACGGCGAGACGCACUCCAAGGUGGUCGCCCGCAUCAAGAAGGGCUCGGCAGCGGAAGAUGACUCGGUCAGCCGCUGUUCGCUGCUGGUGGUCGACCGCCGGGCCGACACGUACUACAGGGAGAAGGGCAUCAGAGUGCACGCCGACAUGGGGCUGCAGGUAUUGGUGUUGCGCACGCCAGAGGAGCCGACGCCCGAAUGCCUUGCGGUGCAGCCGCAGAACGCCCCGAGUCCGAAAAACGCCGCGGUGGCCGACGACGUAGGAGCAAAGCAACAGCCGAACGACAGCGAUGAGACUACAAAGCCCGCCAACUCUACGACUUCCACCACUACGACACUAAAUCUGAACAUGACGGCUGCCGAACUGCGGCGAAGGUUGGCUGAACGCAAGAAGCAAGACUCUCGACGCUCCGGCGCUGCUGGAGACGGGUCGUUAGAUUUCCGUAAAAAGUACGAGAUUGUCGACAAGUUGUGAAAACGAAAAUAUUGUGCUGGAUCUUUAUACACACACUCAUACAUACACAUACGAAUUAUUAAAUACACGCGCCCUAAAUUAGUGGAUAGGAUAAUACCUACAUAAUAAUAAUAAUAUAUUAUCAUUAUAUUGUGUUAAAUAAGUUUAUUAAUUAAGUAUUUUAAAAAAAAAAAUUGUAUACAUUAGUGUUUAGUUUUUAUCGUCAUAUCCGUCCGAAUGUCUAUACGGUUAUACAGGGUACUUAUAUACGUCAUAACCAUAACCUAUAGCCGUGCUAACGAUUUUAUCGCCUCAAUGCAGUUGUAUAUAUUUUUUUCUCAGCUAUAAUUAUUUUGGUGCAGCCCUUCGUUGUGGUCCUCAAUUUCAAUUAAACAUCAAACGUAUAUCGUAUUUUUAUAUCAUAUCUUAUGUGUGCGUAUGAGCGUGACUAUUGUUUUCUAAUGUCAAUUUGUUAAAUAAAAAUAAAACGUAUGAUAAACAGUAUACACACACAACCAUGUGUCAUAAACAUAUAAUAUACUAAAUACUUUAUACACUUAACUUAUUAGUGGUUAAUAUAAUAUUAUAGUAAGUAAAAAGUUCUCGAUGAAGGYGUUACAAUAAUAAGAUAGUCGUGUGCAGGCCUAUAAAAGAUAAUAAUCUAAAUGAUUUAAUAACGUAGAUAUUGGGUACCUUCGUAUAUAAUAAACUAGUAUUAAACACAUUAUUAUUGUCGUUAAUAAUUAUA